AUGACUACUAGCAUGAAGGAGGUAGAUAAGCUCACCGUAGUCGGGGGCUUCAUUGUGCUCGUCAUUACAUACUGGCUUAUCAAGACUAUCUAUAACCUCUUCUUCCACCCUUUGGCCAGCUUCCCUGGUCCACGCUGGGCAGCUGGAUCAUACCUUCCUCAAUUCUACUACGACAUCAUACAUGGUGGGCAAUAUUACAAGAAGGUUAUCCAGAUGCACGAGGAAUAUGGCCCACUUAUACGAGUCAAUCCUGAUGAGCUCUCCCUCAACGACCCCUUCUUUUAUGACAAGGUCUAUUCAGGUGGUGGACAGAAGCGCAACAAAUGCCCUGAUCUCACAACCAUCGUACGCACAUCGGUGAUCUCUACUAACGACCAUGAACUACAUCGGCAACGCCGCGGCUAUAUUGCCAAUCUGUUUUCGAAGAGAUCCAUCUCAGACCUGGAAUCAAUCAUUCAGUCUAAAGUUGAUAAGUUGGUGACCCUUUUAAAGGAAGCCAACCAUACUGAAGAAACCCUUAUUGGGCCUCUCGUGUUUGGCAGUCUAGCGAUCGACGUUAUCUCACACUAUGCAUAUGGCGAGAGUUUUGGUAAUCUCGACAAACCUGGAUUCCCGUGCGAGCUCGAACGAGAUGUUAAAGCCAUAUUGAUGAUUCAACACGUGCGACGGUUUCUUCCUGGCAUUGACCGACUCAUUACACAUCUUCCAGCCUGGCUAGUCGCCCGCAUCAGCCCUUCCAUGGUUAGCUUUCUGGACUUCGAAACAAGAAUUGCAGGAUACUCAAAAGCGGCACUUAAGAAAAGCAUGGAAGGAGAAGAACCAACCAAACCCCGGACGGUGUUCGACGCACUAGUCAGCUCCAAGAUACCCGCACAAGAGAGGACACUUCAACGACUGACAGAUGAGAGCUCAACCAUCCUGAUCGCCGGGGUGGAUACCACUGCCAGAACCUUGACAGCUACCAUGUGCUACUUGAUUCUGUAUCCCGAAAUCCUGGCCAAACUGCGUGCAGAGCUACAACCGUACAAGAACGCGACCUGGACCCAGCUUGAAUCUCUACCGUAUCUGACAGCGGUCAUCAAUGAGUCACUUCGAUACGAAUCUCCCUUCACAAGUCGCUUUCCACGCUUACUUGUCGAGCCGCUUGCUUACAAGGACAUGCUCAUACCUUCCGGCACUACCAUCGGUGCAAUGCCAUAUUUACUCAAUAGCCACCCCGACGUUUUCCCUGAUCCCCAUGUGUAUAGGCCUGAGCGAUGGAUUGAAGCAAAAGCCCGUGGAGAAUAUCUCGACAAGUAUUUGGUCACCUUCACGAAGGGCAGUAGAGCCUGUCUUGGCAUAAAUCUUGCAUACGCCGAACUUUACCUUACCGUCGCAGCUAUGGUCCAAAACUUUGACCUGGAGCUUGUGGACUCUUCCAUCGAGAACAUCACUCCAUACCGAGACUUUGGUCUAGGUUUCGACAAGAAUUAUAACUACGGUGUCAACUUCAGGGUUACAAAGGUACUCCAAGAGUGA